CUAAGGAAAGAUAUAAGUGGGGCUACAGAAGCUGCUCUACUCGUCUCGGUAUCACAGAAUUUUCAACUAACUUUAACUUCCGUCUGGAAAACAAAGCAAUGCUUCCAGCCUGAUUCAGUAAGUGCAGUGAGUCCCGUAUUUCCUGUGGCUGACAAGAUAACACCUUUCAACUUGGCACAUACUACAUUGAUGUGGUGCAGGUUGGUGUUUGCAUAGAUCAGGCAGAUAAUACUAUCAAACAGAUCUGUAUUUCUGUGACGGUUACCAUGCAGCAAAUGUAAAUUAUAUCGUUGAACAUUUGCACCGUUAGUGAAGAGGAAGUUUUGAGCAGAUUAAAUGGUGUUGUUUUCAUAGGAAGGGUCAUGGUUACCCUCAGUGUAUCCAUUGUAUAAGUGAGUGCUUACUUUGAGCUAAAACUCAGAGAGGAGAUGGGAGCAGAGUGAAUUAUAGGUUAAGGGGGAGCUUUUUCCACGUUCCCGAUGACCCUCAAGCCUCAAUGUUUUUGUUUGACCCUGGCCUCCAAUGGGUCUCAAGUCUCAAGUUACCCCUAUGCUUCUGGCUUCUGCUUCAGAGCCUCAGUAUAGAGAGAAAUGGUCUUGUCUCCUUUUGUGCCCAGAAAAUGGAUCAUCAGCAUUUUAGCCAUCUUUCUGAGUUGGUGCAGAACCAUGGAAAAUUGAAAUCUGCAUUGUAAAAGAAUGAGGAAUGAGUAGGCAAGUGAAUGCAGAUGAUUUCCUCUGUGCACAACAGUAUAUUAAUCAUAUCUUAAUGUGAGACAGAAUCGUAAUAGUCAAACACAUGCAGUUGAAAAUUAUUUCAUGUUAAAGCGAUUAUGCAGAAAACUAAAGUUCAGCAUUUAAUUUCAGUGGUUUUAAUUUUUUAAAUCUCAAACACAUUGGGCCCUAUCAUGCACCCGUCGCAUAGUGGCGCAAAGCAUGACACAAGGCUUAUUCUUAUCUUACUCUCAAUAAAGUAAGGAUUUUUUCGCCAUGCCCUUCACUUUUAUUAAACCUUGCACCCAGGGGUGUGGCAAUUAACAACAUAAGGUGUGGUCUGGCGCAUGAUCCAAAAAUCUAUAUCUUACACCCUUUAAAAAUCAUUACGCUACUGACCAAGAAAAACCUGAUUUAUAGAGAAAGGCGCAUCACAAGCACAGCUGAAGACGCACUGUCAUGAGAUGUAAGCAGCAACUCCUCUACAGGAUAAAUAUCAGGAUUUUUAUUCAGUUAUUCGAACAUUUUUGGGACAGGAUGUCAGAGGAGAUGAUCGUCAUCGCCAAGUUUGACUAUGUAGCCCAGCAGGACCAGGAGUUGGACAUAAAGAAAAACGAGCGCCUGUGGCUGCUGGAUGACUCCCAGUCCUGGUGGCGAGUUCGCAACGUCACCAACCAGACUGGGUUAGUGCCCUCUAACUAUGUGGAGAGGAAGAACAGUGCCCGGAAAGCCUCCAUUGUAAAGAAUUUAAAAGACUCUCUUGGCAUUGGGAAGGGGAAACGAAAGGAUGGAGGGAUGAAGGACUCGGCCUCCAGCGCAGACGGCGACAUGUUUGCAGACAACGGCGAACGCCUGUACGACUUAAACAUGCCCGCCUUGGUUAAGUUCAGCUACACGGCCGAGCGCGAGGACGAGCUGUCGCUGGUGAAGGGGACGAGGGUCAUCGUCAUGGAGAAGUGCAGUGAUGGAUGGUGGCGAGGGAGCUACAAUGGCCGCUCGGGCUGGUUCCCCUCCAACUACGUGACGGAGGACGUGGACGGGUCGGCGGGCGGCGACCUGGCCGGCUCGCUGAGGGAAAAGCUCGGGUCGGUGGCGCCCAUGACCAAUGGUAGCAGAGUGCUCCAUGUCGUGCAGACGCUCUACCCUUUCAGCUCCAGCAAUGAUGAGGAGCUCAACUUUGAGAAAGGCGAGAUCAUGGACGUGGUCGAAAAGCCCGAGAACGACCCGGAGUGGUGGAAGUGCCGCAAGCAAGACGACCAAGUCGGCCUGGUGCCUAAGAACUAUGUGACGAUCCUACAGAAUUCCCAUCCUGUACCACUGAGUGCAGGGCCCCCCACUCCAGACUGUGACAACAUUGGACCCUCUUUGAGUGGGAAGUUUGCAGGCAGGCAGUGGUACUAUGGCAGGGUCACGCGUCACCAGGCAGAAGUGGCCCUGAACCAGCGAGGGGAUGAGGGGGACUUUCUCAUCCGGGACAGUGAAUCAUCGCCAAAUGACUUCUCCAUUUCCCUGAAAGCACAAGGCAAGAACAAGCAUUUCAAGGUCCAGCUCAAGGAUGCAUUGUACUGUAUCGGGCAGAGAAAGUUCAGUUCUAUGGAGGAGCUGGUGGAACACUACAAAAAGGCCCCUAUUUUCACCAGUGAGCAAGGGGAGAAACUGUACCUCGUAAAACCCAUGUCCUGAUCCUGUACUUCACCUAGCUCAACUCUUCUCUCCCUGGCUGUAAUGAACGGGGAUUUCCACCAUUUUUACAAGAUGGGAGAAACAGACUCUCCAUUGGACUGCCAUCUGUCAGCAUCCAAUUGGAUGACAUUCAGAUAUCCCCAGUCCUGUUUGGGUUGGGUAUAUGUGUGUGUAUGUUGACCUGUACUGCAAAUAUAUUUCUCUUAAUAUAUGUCUAGUUACUCUUCCCUCAAUCUGAAAUCAAUCAUAUUUCCAUGUGAAUCUGUUUUAUUUAUCUGUGAUUGAGUAUGAGCAAUUUUCUCCUCAGUCUUAUUACUCCUAAUUACACCUUAACAGCAGCCAGUCUGAUCAAAUAAUGGACUCACAGACCCCCUGCUUAUAAAUGGACAUCUGAGUGAGUGUAUCUGCUAGCCUGGGUUUUCCCAUGCUGCCUUGCGCGCGCGAUUUUAUUCACGCUGCUAGGCAGCCUGGAUUCUGUGGACUAUGUUUUCACCUCAACGAAGGAACCAAUCACAGAACGGAGAGAGGGC